UCUAUUUCGUAGCGCGCUGUUUGUUCUUUGGGAACAUGCGGGGAAAUAACAGGCGGGUUUGUUGCUGUCUAGCACUCUACUCUAUAUACAUCGAGGCCGUUUUGCUCACGAUGUCUAGAUGCACUAUGUUCCUCCAGUUAGACUACUGGUAUAUUUUUUUGGAUGAGAUGCUAGAUUUCAUAUCGAAAGCGAGAGGUUUUUGUUACCUUCUUUCGACUGAUAUGGUCCUUCCUGGGUUGAAUUCGGCUUGCCCUACCAUGCUAGAAGAAUUGUGUAGGGCAGCAGCUUCCUUUUAGCAUGUCAACAACGUCGUUGUACCUCUUCCUGGUGCUUGUGGGAUUUGUUUUCUUGUCUCACUCAGUCCACAUUCACUACUCUCAACUAUAUAAUCUCCAUUGCAUCUCUAUUAUUCGGUGUACUCUGACAGUCGGGCUUGUCAAUCCUUCCACAUUGACCAGUGGACAGUGAACAUCCCCUUUACUCUACGUCACCAGGU